AUGGCCGCUUCAACCCUUCCCCGUCCCCGCCUCAUUACCCACAAACGCGCCCUCAUACCCACUCCCCACGUCCCCAAAGUGGUCAACCCUAGCGCCCUCCCCGCCGAGACGCGCCUCAACCAACACCCAAUAGUGGACGCUCACCAAACACCCCCCAAUAAUAAAGAUUCAGAUGCACCCCAAGACUCCGACGAAGACCUUGACCCACCACUCCGCACAGAACUCUCCCUCGCCAUACCUCCGCAACCCUUCCUCGACCCCCCGACCUGGGAAGCAAUGCUCAAGCGAGGUGUGCAUGCAGACCAAACGCAAUCGGCGGAUUCAGAAGGGGGAACAAGAUCUCGGGAAGAGGAGGGAGGUGCAGAAGAGGAGAGUAAUCGAGAUGUCGGCUCAGACUCGGAAAUUCGAGAGUCGGCGGACCAGCGGAGACGUCGACGGGAGCGCGAGGCUGAGUAUGGGUCCAUGGCGAUCCGCGGACGGUCGAGUAUACGCGGGCGAGGGAGGUCGAGGACUCGAGGGGGGGUAUUGGGGUGGGCAGUAUUGAACUCCUGA